CUCAACAGCUCUUUAGUUUGGGUCAUCUCAGGCCCAAAGCCUUAGGCCGGCCUGAUACUGACUUCAAAUACCCGUGGGUCCCAAAACACACCUCGACACAUAGGUUGGGGUGCCCGGCAGGUAACGGCCCAUCACAAGCCCCCCAACUCCUCAUUCCAUCAGGCGGGCCACGUUGGGGAAUGGGGAGUUUCCGAAGUCCAGGUGUGCCUCCCCACAAUGAAUCUGAGUCGCCCCUUGAUAUUCGUGCAGUGGUUGGCUCGAUUGCCCAAACGCAAUCAUCACCCGUCUUCUCAUCUUCUAGUUCCCAUCAGGCCGAUCAACCGGCUCAUUCCGGCCAGGAUCAAGGCCCAUCCAGUCCACCUCAGCCAUCGUCAGCGACUGUGUCCGGAUGGAAACGGCGGGGGUUGGGGAAACAGUUCUCUCCCCCAAAGCCCGUGUUACGAGGUCCUACGGUUGAGCUGGAGGAGAACAUCAUGGCUCUAUGCCAUUGCCAAAUCUUGGAUCAGGGCUUCACCGACGCCACUGAUAUGGUCGGUCCCGCCAUUGAUGUUCGGUGGCCCAUCGAGCCAAAAGGGGAAGUAGAAGACGACAUGGAUCAACAUCUAUUAUUGCACCGUCUCUCGGGAGACCAAAAGAAGAAGAGAAAGCGGGACGCAGCUCCCCAUGGCAAAAUGAAGCGUCCGUCCUUGAGCCACGGGGAUCGCUUACUGCUUGAUCAGGCCUCCCUUGGGGUGUUUGAGCUCGCUCGUCAUGCGACCGCCCACCAAUCCGCCUUGGACGAGGUGAAGGAGGCGCCUGAGGCUGAGAAGAAAGAGCUGCGGACGAGGUUGACCGCCUCGCCUAGGAGCUGCUGGAGGAAGGGCAUCGCAGCUCUAACCUCCAAUGUCGCGUUGGGCAUCUCGAGAGGGAGAAACACAACCUUUAGGCUCGAGCCACUCAUCUGGAGGAGGAGAAAACUUCACUAUCUUAUGAAGUUGUGUCGGUUUCUGCCCAGGUGGCCGAGCUAGAGAGUGGAUAUUGAGUAACUAAAAACGCUCAAGAACACAACACGAACUUCACAAAAAUGGCUCUCGAAUAGCUAUGAAAAAUGUGUGAAUGUAAUGCAAUGGAUAAUAUGAGUUGUGAAGUAAUGUGAUGUGAAAAGCAGACCCAAACACCCCAUUUUAUAGUAGAAAAAUAGGCUCGAACGGGUAGAAGUAGAAUGGGGGUGAUUGACAUAAUUUGUGGGAUUUGAUUAAAAUUGGAUCUGCUGAAAAUCACCUUAACAGCGCUGUCCAUUACUUGAACAUCGUUGUUGUAGGCUUAGUUUUUGAAAAAUGGGAAGCAACGGUCAAGCCAACAGCGAUGUCCAAAAAGCCAACAUCGUUGUUUUGGCUGUUGACUUCCAAACAUGGAAAUUUCCAGCCAUAAAUUCCUUCCAACUGUCUGGUGCCUACAUCGAUGUUCAUUACUUGAACAUCACUGUUCAGGCCGGACUUUGAAGAAUCAAAGGUGGCGUGACAUCGCUGUUGCAGGGUCAAUAGCGCUGUCCAAAGACUUUCUACCAAAGGCAUUUUCUUUUGGCUUAGGAGGUUGAACAUCGAUGUAGAGAAGUCUACAUCGCUGUUCUAGAUGUUUC